CCCUUCAUAUCUCUUCCUCACAAAAGCCUUAGUUCCUUCACAGCAAAGAUGGACACUGAAGAGAAGAGAUCAUACAUCAGCCUACCUAAGAUGUUCAUGGCUGAUUUGGAAAAGAACUAUCAGCUGGAACAUGGACUGAUCGUUAAGCAGUUGAACGCCUUCAUCAACGAAGGCUACAUGCAGGCCUACUUCAGAGACUGGGGAAACGUCACUGGGUGCAAGAUCCUUAAAAACUACAAGUCAGAAGACAGCAAGGCGAUGGGAUUCGUCAGGUUUGCCACGGGGGAAGAGGCCGACAAGGCAGAGAUGGCCGGGCCUCACUUCAUUGGAGGCGACUUGGCGGUCGUGCGAAGGGUAGUUAGCCCAAAGAGAGAAUCUGGGGAUGACCUGACCGUGAGCUCCUCGACCGCCAGCAGUGGGUCUCAGCCCAGAGCCAGGCGCUCCAUGGGCCUGGGUUACAUCUUCGAGGACGCCCAGUGGCUGGACCAAGAGCUCACAUGAACCAGAUUGAAAUGUAUUAUGUAAAUGUGAUGUCAAUUGCAAAGAAAAAAAAUCUAUAAUAUAGGUUUUGUCUUUUCAAAAGUUUUGAGUUUAAAAUGAUUUAACUAUCUUUCUUUCUUUCUUUGUACCCAUAUCCUUUGUUAUCUUGUUUACUUUACAUCAGACAUGAGUGUGAUUUUACUGAAUACUAAAGAAAAUUAUGUUGUAAUAUAUAAAUGUCUGGUGUGUCUGAAAUAAAUUAUGUGGCAAAUGCCUUGGAAACCAUUUUAACAUUUACAUGAAAUGAGACUGAUGAGUUCAAAGCAGCCCCGAAGCACUUACCCACUUUGGAGAACAAUAUAAGUGGGAAUAAAAUAUUCUACAGAUGCAGAGUUACCGGUUUGUUAACUUCGUCAGCUCACUGUAAUUUUACUGAUGCUAUUUGGAAUAUUCAGAAACACAUUUCUGCAACCUCCGGAAAAAAUAAGAGGCGGAUUAUGUCUUGUCUAUGCCUUUUGGUAGAAAAAAAAACUCACUUUAAAUACGGUAAUGUUUGCAGAUGCUGACGGAAGAAA